AUGUUCUAUCGCCCGGGUGUCGGGCUGUCUGCAUACAGACGUCUCGUCGCCGUGGCCGACGCAUGGCUGGUCCGACGUGUGGAGGAGUUUGACCUCAGCCAGGCCGUCGGUGUCGGCGGGCUGACGGCGGCCGCCGGAAUCGCGAUUCGCUCUGCCAGCUGCCAGCAGCCUCGUGUCGCCGCUCUCGACACGUGCUCAUGCAAACAAUGCGAGAACUUGGUUGCGCCGCUUAGUGGCGGCGCUGCUUUAGAGAAAGCGGCAGCGUGGGAAGCAAAGCAGAUGGAGGCGGCGCGGCAUGCCAAGGAGCUGCUGCUGGCGGAGGUUGAGCGGCUAAGCUCAACGAGGAGUGCUGUGCAGUUAGAGAGCUCGUAG